AUGUCGUGCGGCGACAUCUUCCUCGGCCUUAUCGCCAUUCUGUUCCCGCCUAUCGCAGUUUGGAUCAAAUCCGGCAUCUGCUCCUGUGACUCGUUGAUCAACAUCCUCCUGUGCCUACUCGGCUACCUGCCCGGGCUUCUCCACGCAUGGUACAUCAUAGCCCGCAACCCCGAGCGCGACUUCGACUACGAGUCCAUCCCAGAUGCCGAGUCACAGCGUGUCACCUACUACUUCGUCCGCGCCCAGCCAGCGCCGCCACGAAGCUACGGCACCCAAGCCCAUAAUCGGCCCGCCCCUCCUCCGCCCAAGCCCCAGAACCGACCAGCCCAGCCAGGUGAUCGUCACGCUGGCGAGGCCAGCACCAGACCGGCACCACCCCCUCCAAGCCAGCCUGAAGGGCCCAGUGUAGGCGCUGGAAGCGAAGAGCCUGGGGCGCCCCCUAGCUAUUCCGAGGUGGUGAAAGGCGACAACAAGAUUCAAACUUAA